AUACCCGUUUGAAAUAAAUUCUUAGCACCAAAAUGUAUCCAAAUUCCCCACCUAUUGAAACACAAAUUAAUCAGGACCCAUACGACUUUAGUCGGUCUUUGAUCCCCUUUUAACCUUUGACCUAUAAAUCUCAUCCCGUCGUCUCUAGGUUACCACCACCACCGUUAACCGCCACCACCACCACCACCAUGAGCGGCAGAGUCCGAAACUUCCGCCGCCGAGCGGACACCGACGACAACGACGACGACAACAACAACAACACCGAACAAACCACCACCACCACCAAAAAACCCCAAUCCAAACCACCAACCACCACCACCGCCACCACCACUCAAAAACCUAAAAAACCUAGCCUCCUCAGUUUCGCCGACGACGAAUCCACCGACGACACUCCUCCAAUCCCUCGCCGUUCCUCUAACCCUACCUCUUCUCGUUCCGUUCACAAAUUAACCUCUGCAAAAGACCGAAACUCAUCGAAAGUGCGUACCGGUUCCGGUUCCUCUCUACCUUCAAAUGUACAACCACAAGCCGGAGUUUACACAAAAGAAGCUCUCCUCGAACUGCAAAAGAAUUCCAAAACCCUAGGUAGCAGCACUGCUCGGUCUCGUCCACCGGUCUCCAAAUCGGAGCCGAUUAUUGUACUAAAAGGUAUGAUUAAACCGGUAUCUGAUAAUAAUAUGAUUAAUAGAAGUAAUGAGAAUGAGGAAUUAGAUAGGGAUGAUGAAUCAGAUAGGGUAGGGAUACCGGACCAGGCGAUGAUAGAUGCGAUUAGGGCGAAGCGUGAGAGGUUGCGGCAAUCGCGUGCGGCUGCGCCAGAUUUUAUUGCGUUGGAUGGAGGGAGUAAUCAUGGGGAGGCUGAAGGGUUGAGCGAUGAGGAGCCGGAGUUUCAAGGGCGGAUUGCUUUGAUUGGGGAGAAAAACGAGAUAAAAAAGGGCGUUUUCGAGGAUGUGGUUGUGGAUGUUAGUAAGCUGACGGUUAGAAAGGAAACGGAAGUUGGGUUGAGUGAUAAUAGUGGUGUUGAUGAAGAGGAUGAUGAGGAUAAGAUGUGGGAGGAGGAGCAGGUUAGGAAAGGGUUAGGGAAACGGAUUGAUGAAGGGGUUGUAGGGAGAGGUGUGAGUGGUAGUAGUGUUCCGAGCAUGGUUCAGAGUGUUCAGCAACGAGUUGUGUAUCCGACGGUUCCGGUUACGUCUUAUUCGUCGGGUAGUGGUGGUUUGAGUAUCGGGGGAUCAGUUGGUUGGUCAGCGGGUUCGGAUACGUUGUCUAUAUCGCAGCAGGCUGAGCUUUCGAAGAAGGCUUUACUUGAGAGUGUUAGGAGGCUUAAGGAAACUCACAGCCGCACGUUGACUUCAUUGACCAAAACCGAUGAAAUUUUAGCCGACUCAUUGGCAAAAGUUACAUCUCUUGAAAUAGCUCUUGCUGCUGCUGAUGAGAAGUUCAUUUUCAUGCAAAAGCUUCGUGACUAUGUUUCUGUGAUAUGUGACUUUUUGCAGGAUAAAGCUCCGUUUAUCGAGGAGCUAGAGUAUCAAAUGCAAAAGCUUCACAAAGAACGUGCAGAAGCUAUCUUCGAAAGAAGAACAGCCGACAGUAACGACGAGCUAACCGAAAUCGAAGCGUCUGUAAACGCAGCAAUGGCGGUUUUCAACAAAGGCGGCACCACCACUUCCAUGGUUGAAGCCGCCAGUACCGCUGCUCAAGCCGCAUUGACCGCCUCACGUGAGUCAAAAAACCUUCCCGUGAAACUAGACGAAUUCGGCCGAGACGUAAACUUACAAAACCGUAUGGAUAUGAAGCGACGCGCGGAAGCCCGACAACGAAGAAAAGCUCGAUCGGAGUCGAAACGAAUGUCAGCCAUGGAAAUCGAUGGUUUAAUCGAAGGAGAAUCGAGCACGGAUGAGAGUGACGGUGACAGCUCAGCAUAUGAAUCGAACCGUGAUCAAUUACUUGAACUUGCUGGACAGAUAUUCAGUGAUGCAGAUGAAGAAUUCUCGCAACUUUCGUUCGUUAAAGAAAAAUUUGAAUUUUGGAAAAAGGAAUACGCAUCUAGCUACCGGGAUGCGUACAUGUCACUGAGUAUACCCGCGAUCUUCUCUCCUUAUGUAAGGUUGGAGCUUUUGAAGUGGGACCCACUUCAUCAAGAUUCAGAUUUUUUUGAUAUGAAGUGGCAUGGAUUGCUGUAUGAUUACGGUAUGCCUGACGAUAAAAGUGAAGUCAACCCGGAAGAUGCUGAUGUCAACCUUGUACCCGAUCUGGUUGAAAAGGUUGCGGUUCCUAUAUUACAGCACGAGCUGGCUCACUGUUGGGACAUGCUUAGUACAAAGGAGACAAAAAACGCUGUAUCUGCUACAAAUUUGGUUUUUACAUACGUUCCCCUUUCCAGCAAAGCUGUCGUUGAACUCGUUUCCGUUCUUCAUGAUCGCCUUUCUGAAGCCGUUUCUCAUCUCAUGGUUCCAACGUGGAAUACUUACGUGUUGAAGGCUGUACCGAAUGCAGCUAGAUUUGCGGCGUAUAGUUUUGGUACGGCUGUACGGCUGUUGAGGAACAUAUGCUUAUGGAAUAAUAUUCUCUCGAUGUCUGUUCUUGAAAAGCUUGCUCUUGAUGAGCUUUUAAGUGGAAAGAUUCUUCCUCAUCUUAGAAGCAUUCAAUCAAACGUUGACGAUGCGAUCACAAGGACUGAACGGGUUGUUGCGUCGAUUUCUGGUGUGUGGUCUGGUCCAAAAGUCACCGGUGACAGAAGCCCAAGAUUGCAACCAAUGGUGGAUUAUUUGAUUGUUCUUGGGAGAUUACUAGAGAAGAAGCAGAGUUAUUCAGGGAAAAACGGACUUGCUCGUAGGUUGAAGAAGAUGCUUGUCGAACUUAACGAAUAUGAUCACGCGCGUCACAUUUCUAGAACCUUCAAUUUAAAAGAAGCUCUUUAGUUUCUGCCUUGUCACACAACUGGUUAGUGAUAAACAUAGAUUUUUAUAGUUUUUUUUUUGUUGAUUUGCGUUUUAACUAUGAGCACUGCAAAUCUUUUGUAGUAAUGAGCUGAUUCUUAAUGUGCUAAUUUUGCUAUGGUAUUUUUCUGCUAUUAUUGGUUUGUGAUA